CCCGGAGACUCCAGUGGGCUUUAUUGACUUUGGAACGAGGCGCGCUCUCGCAGCCCUUUAAGUGUCAGUGUCUCUUUGAGAGCCAGAGUUCUGCGGGCUGGAUUGUUUUAUAAGCGAACCAAAUGAGCUGGGCAGCAGGAAAGGAGCCUGCCCCGCUCAGGUGUUCCGAAAGAUAAGGACUACAUCUCCGUCUCGCGGCAAAAAAAAACAAAAACCUGGGACCUACAGAUGCAAAAUCGGUAGCGCUCGAGGAGAUAAGACUUGGAUUUGUGUAGAUUCACAUUGUGGAGUGAAAUCUUCCGCCUUCGACACAACUGUCAGUGUUCCCAGGAGCUGGUUUCUGGAAGCUUCCAGAAGCCGAAGCGGUUGCACGAUGCUUUUGGACGGUCUGUGGGCGGUCCGGACUCUCCUGCUUCUGUGUGCGCUGGAUCUGAGCUUGGCCAGCGACCCGCUCUCCCCUGCCCCCCGGGUCUUCCUCUCCUUCAAAGAGCUGCGGUCCUCCGGCACGGCGCACCACUUCUCCUUCCUGCUCAACACUUCCGAUUACCGCAUCCUCCGCGUGGACGAAGACCACGACCGCAUGUACGCCGGCUCCAAGGAUUACAUCCUCUCGCUCGACCUGCACAACAUCAACCAGGAGCCACUCAUCAUCCACUGGCCAGUUUCUCCACAGAGGAAAACUGAGUGUGUUUUAAGUGGCAAAGACAUCAACGGGGAGUGCGGUAAUUUCGUGCGCCUGAUCGAGCCCUGGAACAGGACGCACCUCUACGUGUGCGGAACAGGUGCCUACAACCCUGUGUGCACGCAUGUCAACCGUGGACGCAAGCCAAUGACGCCCUUGUACCUGCAGAUGCCCCAGGCCAGAGGGAGGGCGAGUCGCGCUGUUGACCUCGAGACUGUACCCGAUGAGACAGGACUACAGGAGAACAUCUUCCAUCUGGAGCCAGGCAAGGAGGAUUCUGGGAAAGGAAAGUGUCCGUACGACCCGAAGCUGAACAGCGUCUCCGCUCUGAUCAAUGGAGAACUGUACGCGGGCGUGUACGUCGACUUCAUGGGAACAGACUCGGCUAUUUUCCGAACGCUGGGGAAAAGCACCGCCAUGCGCACAGACCAGUACAACUCCAGAUGGCUGAACGAUCCCUCUUUUGUGCACGUGCACCUCAUCCCGGACAGUGCAGAGAAGAAUGACGACAAACUCUAUUUCUUCUUUCGGGAGAAGUCGUCAGACAUGGGCCAGAGCCCCAAGUCCGAGUCCCGCAUCGGGCGGAUCUGCCUGAACGACGAUGGUGGGCACUGCUGUCUGGUGAACAAGUGGAGCACGUUCCUCAAAGCUCGCCUCAUCUGCUCUGUCCCCGGGGCUGAUGGGAUAGAGACACAUUUCGACAAUCUCCGAGAUGUAUAUAUACAACCCACACAGGACACCAAGAACCCAGUCAUCUAUGGGGUCUUUUCCGUCUCUGGAUCGGUGUUCAAAGGCUCGGCCGUGUGCGUCUACUCCAUGGCAGACAUUCGGAUGGUGUUUAAUGGGCCGUUCUCUCACAAAGAGGGUCCCAACUACCAGUGGGUGGCAUACACGGGCAAGAUCCCCUACCCACGGCCAGGAACGUGUCCCGGAGGAACCUUCACUCCCAGCAUGAAGUCCACCAAAGACUACCCUGACGAGGUCAUCAACUUCAUGCGCAACCACCCCACCAUGUAUAACGCUGUAUACCCCGUGCACAAGCGCCCCCUAGUGGUCAGGACCAACGUGGACUAUGAGUUCACCACCAUCGCGGUAGACCAGGUGACGGCAGCAGACGGCAACUAUGAGGUGCUCUUCCUGGGCACAGACAGGGGGACGGUACAGAAGGUGAUCGUGUUGCCCAGAGACGACCUGCAGACGGAGGAGCUGAUCCUCGAGGAGGUGGAAGUGUUCAAGGUCCCCACUCCUGUUACCACCAUGAAGAUUUCAUCUAAAAGACAACAGCUGUACGCGGCGUCAAUGGCAGGCGUGACGCAGCUGGCCCUGCACCGCUGCGACGUGUACGGCGAGGCGUGCGCCGACUGCUGCCUGGCGCGUGACCCCUACUGCGCCUGGGACGGCAAGUCCUGCUCCCGCUACUCAGCCUCGCACAAGAGGCGUAGUCGUAGGCAGGACGUUAAGUACGGGAACCCAAUACGCCAGUGUCGGGGUUACAACUCCAACAUCAAUAAGAACACCCUGGAAACAGUACAGUAUGGCGUGGAGAGCAGCAGCACAUUUUUGGAGUGCCAGGCCAGAUCUCCACAUGCCACCAUCAAAUGGCACUUCCACAGAGACAAUAGUGACCGCAGGAGAGAGGUCCGCUCGGACGGACGCGUGCUGAAGACGGACCAGGGUCUGCUGCUUCGCUUGCUGCAGCUCUCUGACUCAGGCAUCUAUGUGUGCACGGCCACGGAGAAGAACUUCAAGCACACACUGGUCAGGCUGCAGCUGGUGGUGCUGUCCAGCCAGGCGGUGAACAACGCGCUGGUGGAGACAGGCCGGCCGGCCGGUGCCUGGACAUCCAGUGCGGACCAAUACAAGGACCUCCUGACCAUCCUCAGCCAGCCCGAGAUGGGCCUCAUUAACCAGUAUUGCCAGGACUAUUGGCGGCUGGGAGACCCGCUGAGUGAAGCCCUCAAAGGCAAGGAUCUGAAGGAGCAGAAGGAGCAGAAGAAACCCAGGAACCGCCGGCAUCACGGCGAAGAGGAGGAGGAUGAAGAGGAGACAUGAGGGGGCGGGGCAUCCCGACUACCUCGCUGAGGACACGGAAAGGACUCAAGACAAACGUGGGAGAGUGUUAAAAUGGACGUCAGUGAGAAAAACCUCUGACAGUGAAACCAGACUUUUGCAAGAACAAAUCGAUCUCCCUAUUAACACAUAAAGAUAUCAUACACAGUAUUUAUUGUGGGUUGUAAAUAGUAUAAUUCUGUGGAUUUCUUUGUACCUAAAUACAGAAAGAAAGCAAAAAAAAAAAAAGCUCAUUAUGUACAGGGCAGAUAUUAUUGUUAUCAUUUCUGUUGUCAUUACAAAAACAAACAAAAAAACACAAAAGGUAAAAAACUAUUUCGGGCCAUUUACUGCUGAUUUGGCAACAUCUUUUUGAUGUAAGCUCCACAGAGGACACCCUGGUGUACGAGAGGUCUGUGGGUCUGUGGCAAGGGGAACAGCUGAUUUUGCCCAACACGGCUCUGGGACCUGUGUCCAAGCACAAGGACAAGACUUUACCGCGACAGACAGGGGGCAGAGAUGUCCCUCCUCAGCCUCAGCCCGUCCCACUCUGUCUGUUGCCAAGGUGACUGUUGCCAAGCUGCCAUUGUGUUCUCCCAUUUUCGAGAUGGUUGUAUAUGCACAGACGUUUUAGUUCGCUACACAAACAUUUGUGGCAGUUUGCAAUAUGAAUACAAAGGCGAUGGAAAGGUGGGAGCAUGUACAGGGCAUUGGCACAAGCUCAGGCCUGGCUACCACCCCGGAGUGGCUCUGUAAAGACUGGAUAAGGCUUUGGUCAGAUCUAGCCACGGUCCCAAUCAAAUAUAUAUCGCAGGUCUCUAACACGUGGCGUUGUAAAGCUGGGUGUUUCAGAACCGCUGCAGAUAGACUCCGGCUGCCUUCAUUUCUCCUAGAGAGAAGAAAAGCACAAUGCAGGUCACCACAUCAUCACCAGGACACGCACUCGGACCGUGAACCUGAUACACACGUCACCGUGACACGCACUCGAACCGCACAACACGCACCCGACACACACGUUACCGCAAUAUGCACUCGAACCCCGAACCCGACACACACGUCACCACAACACGCACUCGAACCGCACAACACACACUCGAACCCCGAACCCGACGCACACGUCACCACGACACGCACUCAAACCGCAAACCCGACACACACGUCACCGCAACAUGCACUCGGACCACGGACCCGGCACACACGUCACCACAACAUGCACUCGGACCGUGAACCAGCACACAUAUUACUGCGAGCAUGCUGUCAAGCCAUAAACCUGACACACACACCCCACCGCUAGCAUGCGUUCGUAUGCUUCAUGCACACACCAGUGCAAGCACACAGUCGAACAUACAACUCACUGCGAACACGCAGUCAAGCCAUCAAUCCGACACACACCCCCCCCCCACUGCGAGCCAUGAACCCAAUGGUCUGCAGUGUCUUCUGUUAUACAGAGGCAGCAUCUCACCAGACAAGCUACUUAAAAUCUAUUUGCAAGCCGCAAGAUACAGAUCAGCUCAUCAGCGCUUGGGAAGCUGGUUGUUCACUGUGUGCAUGACUAAUGUAUUUGUACUGUAAUUCUGAAAUUGAAAACUGAAAUGUUAUGUCGCUGUUAUAUAUAUUAAAUAUAUAUAUAUUUUUCUCUCUCUCUCGCUACAUACAUUUGUGUGCAAGCUGGAUGUCAGUCAGGAAUUCAAACGUCUUCCUUUAUAGGACCAGGAUGGACAGUCGAUGGACGUUCACUUGUAAACACUGGCAGAUUCUUUGUUGUGUUCAUUUCUUUUCAGUUGUCUAACAUAUUGUUACUUUCCCAGAUCUGUGUCAUUCUGCCACAUCUCACAGCAAGUGGAAAAAGGGUGUACAAUUUAUUGGUCUUUUCACGAUGUGUUUAGAAAUGUUUGGGUGUUUGUUUGUUUUUUUGGUUGUUGGCUUGGUUUUUGAUUUUGUUUACUUGUUUUUUAAGAUUAAAUGCACAGGUGGUGUUCUUGUAA